CAGCCCAUCUCGACCAGGGCAUAUCCCGUGGUAGGGUCAACCCGCAUAGUAAGGGUGGGCAAUUUUCCCAAGGAUGCCCUUGCAUCCUUGCCUCCUCGGCCCAUCCUUGGCUGCUUUCGCUGGCCGUACACCGCUCGAAAAGCUUCGAGGUGGGCAUCCAAGGUCACUGCAUCCUCAUCGCGCAUCCUUCUGAUACGGGCCGACUGCACCGAGAAGCCGCCGAACAAGCUGGUGUUCACAAGUCGAGCGGGCAGGGGUCGGGGCAGAAGGACAGAUCUGACACGCUGUCAGGCCGUCGAGAGGCCGGCGCAUUACGGGGUGGCUUUGAGCAACAGCACCGACGACGAUCCCCUCUACGGCAAUUCGGCCCGCGUGGACCUCUACAACCAGUUGCAGGCUGGUGUGCGAUUCGAGCUCACGAGGCCGAACACGAACAGCUUCGGGACGACGCCCUACGUGUGUUCCAGCGAGUUCGAGUGCUCGAUCUGCCGGGACACCCUGGAUAACGGCUUUUUCUCGGUCGACACCGUGAGGGCCGGCAUCUCGGAAAAUUUGACUGCCGCAUGCAGCCAUGAGGCGACUGCGGACCGCCGCAUGGAGGGAGAUCAACCGAACGAGGCGCGGCGGCUGCGGCUCGGGGACAUGACGCUUCGGCCCUUCCUGCCGAUGAGCGCGGAGUCGUCGGGGGACACGUUCGCCUUCAACAGGCCCCUUGACGUCUACCCCGCCGAGCCCCUGGACAAUAUCCUCACCCGCCUCAGGUACUACAGGGACCGCGGGUGGCUGGACACGGACACCCAGACAGUGAAGCUCUCCAUGUACUUCCUGAACUCCGAGCUCGGCAGGCCCCGCCUGGAGCAGCUGAUCAUCACGUUCCACCUGAGCGCGUCGGGCGAGAUCGUGUACGAGAGG